AUGGAUUCCAAUGAUUUCAUUUAUUGGGGUAGACAAAUGAUUGAAUUUAUAAUAAAUUACUUACAAAAUAUUCAUAAAUAUCCUGUUCUACCAAAUGUGGAACCUGGUUAUUUAAGACAUCUACUACCUGAUCAACCACCAGAACAACCAGAUACAUGGUCGGAUAUAUUUGAUGAUGUUGAAAAGUGUAUUUUGCCUGGACUGACACAUUGGCAACAUCCUCAAUUUCAUGCUUACUUUCCUGCAGCGAAUUCAAUGCCAUCAAUCAUGGCUGAUAUGUUGUCUACGGCGCUAGGCUGUAAUGGAUUUUCUUGGGUUGCAAGCCCUGUAAUUACAGAAUUGGAAAUUUUAAUGUGUGAUUGGAUGGGAAAACUUUUGAAUUUACCUGAAACAUUUCUACAUAGUAGUGGAAUUGGAGGAGGUGUAAUACAAUCAUCGGCAAGUGAUUGUAUAUUUGUGUCAAUGUUAGCUGCUCGUCAUCAAGCAAUAGAACGUUAUAAACACCUUUUUGAAAUGAUCAGUGAUUUAGAUCCUGAAAUCAUAGUUCUCUCCAAACUUGUGGCAUAUUCAUCCACUUUGGCUCAUUCAGCUGUGGAAAAGGCUAGUGUGCUUGGCUUUGUAAAAUUACAUCGUUUACCAGUCGAUGGAGACUUUAGCAUUCAUGGUGAAACUUUACAAAAUGCUAUUAAAGUAUGUGCAACAAUUGGAACAACAUCAUGUUGUUCAUUUGACCACUUGAAAUCGAUUGGACAAGUAUGUCGUGAAAACGAUAUCUGGUUACAUGUAGACGGUGCUUAUGCAGGGAAUGCAUGUAUAUGUCCGGAGUUCAGACACUACUUAGAUGGUGUAGAGUUUUCCGAAUUCCGAGAAACUUCUUGUUAUUUAUCACCAGAAACAUUGAAUAGUUUUCAUUCAUCUCCUUCAGAGGAGAGUUCAAAUAUUGAGUUAUUCACUGUUGCAGUCACAAUACAAAACUAUCCAUUCAAUUCUAUAACUACAUGGGUACGUGAUUCAAAAGCUCUAACUAAGAGCAUGAUUGUCAAUCCGUCAUAUUUACAACAUCAACAUAACACGCUCGAUUUUAGGCAUUGGGGUAUUCCUUUAAGUCGAAGAUUUAGAGCACUUAAAUUAUGGUUCGUCGUUCGAAUAUACGGCGCAACAGGUUUAAGGAAUUAUAUUAGAUCACAUAUACAGCUUGCAAGAUAUUUUGUGAACAAAGUAAAGUCAAAUAACGCUUAUGAAAUUGUUGGUAAUCCAGUUAUGGGACUUGUUUGUUUCAGAUUGAAGGGUUCAAAUGAACUGACUCGAUGUUUAGUUCAUCUUAUUAAUAAAAGCCGGAAAAUUCAUAUUGUACCUUCAAUAGCUAGAGAUAUCUACUUCAUUCGAUUUUCGAUAAAUCAUGAAAAGGCUUGUAUUGAAGAUAUUGAUUAUUCGUGGUCAGUAAUUGAAACGAUAUCACAAAAAUUGCUAGCCACUCAGCAUUUCCAUACACUACGUCUAUCUGUUAUGAAUAUGAAGCGAAAUUCAUAUAUCCCAAUAAAAGCUGCAUCAUUUAGCGAUGAUCAUACAUCAACAUAUGUGACUAAAUUGCCAUGUAGACAUGGAUCUACGUCUACAGAAGAAUCAAUGCAAGUUAAAUGGUGA